GCGCGCUGACGUCACCACCGCGGCUAUAAAAGCGCGGCGUGGCCUGCCGCACUUCCUUUCUGCUAGAGCAGCGCUGCGGGAGCGGCGCGGCGGGUGCGCCAUGGCGCCGCAAAAGGACCGAAAAUCCAAAAAGUCUACCUGGAAGUUUUGCCUUGACCUGACCCAUCCUGUGGAAGAUGGAAUCUUUGAUUCCGGGAAUUUUGAACAAUUCCUGAAGGAGAAGGUUAAGGUCAAUGGGAAAACUGGGAACUUGGGCAACACCGUUCACAUUGAACGUCUGAAGAACAAGAUCACAGUGACAUCUGAGAAACAGUUUUCUAAAAGGUACCUGAAAUACCUCACCAAGAAGUACCUCAAGAAGAACAACCUGCGGGACUGGCUGCGCGUGGUCGCGUCCGACAAGGAGACGUACGAGCUGCGCUACUUCCAGAUCAGCCAGGACGAGGAGGGCUCCGAGUCUGAGGAGUAACUGAGCCUUUAUGCUCAGUGCAGAGUACAAAAGACUAGAACAUCUAUUUAUAAGAACACUUUUAAGUUAUUGGGGAAUAAAGAUUUUGUACCCUGUUGGACAGAG